AUGGCGGCCGCUCCAGAUCCAGAAGAAAUCCUUCGUUCAACGAAUGGAAAAGAAAAUUUCCAGCGCAUUACACGACUUUUAAUAAGUGGAGGGACCAGCCUACUGAGGGAGAUUUUUGACUCUAGAUGUCCUCCAAGUCAGCUUCCUACGAUCCUUAGCAAUCCAGCCACAAAGAACCAGCUCAAAGCUGCAAAACUCACCAAGGCACAGCGGCACUGUCUUAAUCCAUCCCCAGGGGUAUAUGGCAAUUCAGCAGAUUUUGAUGUCACCUUGCUAUUCAGUUUGCUGAGGACAAUAUGCAGCCUCACCCCUCCCACCACAGGAUGGGAUGCACUACCGGUUAGUACAGAUCACAGUUUAACAGCUGAUUUAGCAAGAAUAAAGUAUUACCGAAACUCGGUGUAUGGUCACGUGAACCAAGGCAUGGCGAUUAGAGAUAGUGGGUUUUUAACACUUUGGCAAGAAAUCAGUGAAUCUCUCGUGAGGAUUGCUGGGCAGAUCAGUUCUACAAGGAAAACUGCAUGGCAAGAAGCGAUUGCUAAAUAUUUGACAGAUCCUCUUACAACUGAAGAUGAACAAAAUGUGCAGGAACUAGACGCGUGGUAUAAAAGUGAUGUGGACGUCAAGCAAUCUUUAAAGGAUUUAGAGGUAGGAUUUGGAGCAAUUAACCUUAUUGUAUUAAAAGAAAGUUUACUUGCAUUCCAUAGAAUUUUACAAUCUCAGGCUGCUCAGUUACUUUGCAACUUUAGGGCAAUGAUUUAUUUAAUAUUUAUCCUACUAUGAAAUGACCUGUGAAUGUUAACACUCAGAUAGCAACUCAAGAAGAAUCGAAAAACAUCAAAGAGUUUGAAGAAACAACGCAAAAAGGUAUGGAUAGGAUAGAGUCAGCAGUACGUGAGGAAGCCCAAGGCAUCAAAAAAGACCUAAAAACUACCACACAUAAUGUUACAAACAUGAUAGAGGAGACAGUUCGUAAAUUUAAGGAUCAAUUGGAGGAGAUGAAUCAGUCAAUUACCACACUCAGUUCCUCGGCUUCCGGCUCAGAGUCUUCUGGGGGUAAGUUAAAUACUCAAUUCAUAGUACAAUACUAUUUUUGCACCAAAUGGUAGACUCAUGGCAGUUGUGAAACCAAAUGAGUCCACACGCCUCGUAUCAACCAGGGAGCGUAGCGUGGGAUUUUAUAUUUUUAAGGCGUAUGGAUCGGAAUAAAAAGGGAACUAAGUAGCCAUGACGGUGACGGUAGCGAAAACGACGCUCGCACUCGGACGCUGUUUCAAGCUUCAUCGCUAUUAUAUCGCUUUGUUAGAUAUGGCAAAUGUGGACGAAUUUUUCUGGGGUUGAAUUUUUAAGGUACAAAAGCGUCGUCUUGAGUUGACGACUGUCAAUCAACGUGAAAUGUUUAUUGUAACACUUAGGAGCUCACAUAUGCUCGUUAAAACGUAUAAGUGUAUAAAAAAAUAAAUGUAAAAGAAUAAAAGAAAUCAAUAAAAACUAAUCAUGUAAUAAAGAGCAAUCUAAAAACCUAAUAGGCUAAUAUUCACAAUUAAUAUUUACAGAUAAUAUUUACAAAUAAUAUUUACAGAUGAAAUUUAAAUUCCUUAUUGAAUUUAAACGCUUUUAGACAUGAAGGUUUCAAGAGACCACUUAAAAGUUCUUACAUGUUUGUAUUCUGUAAUCAUUGGCAGUAAAGUAUUCUACCGUUUGCUAGCUAAAAAGGUAAAAGAUUUAUGCAUGCAUUCUAAAUUAAAAGAUGGCGGCUCAAGCCUUGAACCACGCCCAUGUGAAUUAUUCGAAACAUUCUUAAAGCUAAAAAUCCACUAAUAUACGGUGCGUCCUGAUUGUACAAACACUUGUUCCACAUCAUUAACGAUUGAAGCUGUCGACGUUGUUCUAACGACUUGAUAUCAGCAAUUUUCAAAAGGGUCUCUUAUGACACAGACUUCGAAUAGUUUAAAACAAAUAUUAAUAAAUAAUAGUAGUAAUAGUUAGUGUUCUCCAUUUUAUUAGCCUCGACAUUAACAAUACCCAAAAGAAGAGGACUACAAUAUUCUACUGCGGAAGCACAUACGAAUUAUAGAGACGUACCAUUGCAUCUUUUGAAUUUAAACUGGUUUUUUAUGUGCUUUUUGAAAUUUAAUUUGCAUUCCAGAAUCAUUCCUAGAAUCUUAAGUGUAUCUUGUGUCUCUACAAUGGCCGUUUUUAUACUAAGGACGCAUUAUUCGUCUGGACGAACUUGGGCAAAUAUUUUGUAGCUCGUCUGGUUACGCGUCUCAAGCAUAAAGACGGGCACAAGAAGCAUUAUGCGUCCAGACGAACUGCCAGAGAGAUAGUUCGUCCAUACUCGUGACGCAUCACCAGACGAACUAUAAAUGUUUGUCCAAGUUCAUCACGACGGUUAAUGCGUGCGUAGUAUAAAAGCAGCCUUAAGAUGAAAUUCAUAUUCAUAUGACGAUGGCCCAGUGGCAACUGCUUGCGGUUUUGCUGCAUUAAUCUUUAAGUAAUAUAAUUCAAUUCAAACGAGCUUGAUCACACGCUAAGAUUAGAAUGCACAUACUACAAGACCAUUGGAAAGGGAUCCGAGGCAUAUUCGGUUGUAUCGUUGGCAUACAGCCACAAAUUCGUAAUUAGAUACAAAGGAAUUGAUAUUACAUGGAGGGAUCCUUUUCAUGCAGUUUGUGUAGGUUGUGUGUAAGCGUGCUUUAAGCGGGCAUACUCUUGCCCUCCAACAUGGCGGUCAAAACUACUUUUUGCUUAUAUCUUGUUGAACGUUUGAUAGUUACGCUCAGAUGUGCUUUAAAUGUUACCACAUCAUCCUUUCAACAUUUUCCUUGAAGUUUAAGUGCAAAAUUUGCUUUCAGAAAGAGGUAAUUCAUCAUUUUAAAACUCACAUUUUGGUCGCGUGACCAGAUACAAUCUUACUCGUUUUAAGUGUGGGUGUGGGUUUGAAAAACCAAAUCACUAUUAUUUUGUUUAAGAGAUGACCCACUAAUCGUUUUUCGUAGGCAAAAUCAUAUAACUUCAUUUUCAUAGAAAAGAUGUCACAUGACCUCUUAGUGCAAAUGGUCUAUUGACCAAGAAAAAAGAGUUGAAUGUGAAAAAUAAAAUAAAAUGCACCAACUUCUUUACCAGCUAUAAUUUAAGAAGCGUGACACAUUUAGCAAUUAAUGAAUGAUUCGUCAUAUUCUACGAAAGCCGAAUUCAUUAAUUUUUUAAUUGUUUUAUUAUUCAUUCAAAAUAAUUCCUAGUUUAAAAACAAACUAAAAAAUUGCUUACCUUCGUCGAUGUCAACUUCAACUCGAUAGUGGAUGUUUAGAAGAUAAAGGGCUGUUCAGGUCAGCAAAUAUUCUCCAAAUAGCAGAUGUUGUCCAUCGAGUUGUCUUUUUGCUAUGUUUUUAGACAAUAGUCCGUCGUGAAACGAGUAAAAUGUUCUCAGAACGUUCUGCAUUUUUGUUUUCACAACCAAAACAACUCAACCUCGUCCCCAGGUCUUCUUGGUUAACGGUGCAUUAACCUGCAACUGUGCUGCGCUUUUGACGUCAUCGGUUGAUUAAUCGAAAAGUUCUUCCAAAUUUGGUCACAAUUGUGGCUACACAGCCGCAAAGUCUCUCAGAGCUUACGCGCAGACUUUGCACAACAACUCCCAACAAGCAACAACAUACAACAGGGUGUGCAAACAGACGCAACAUGUGACAUCCAUUAAUGUCGGGAGUUGUUGACCAACAAUGUUGCGUCCGUUUGCAUGAAGCUUGAAAGCUUAACUGUGCUCACAUUGUGGGUGGGUCCUCCUGAAAUGUUGUACAAUUGGUAUAGGAUUUAAUGGAGCCGAAACCAAUUGUUGAGAUGAAAGCACUUAAGGCGGGCACCCUUGACUGAUGAACAGUUACGACUACAUUUCUAGCAAAAACACUGAAUUUGCUGUCUGUCCCCGUUGAAUUAUUGAACUGACAAGGUCUUUGGAUCUUGCACAGAAUUUGUUAUAGAUUUUUACACAAACUUGUGGAUAAUGAAUAAUCAAAAUUCACAUCAAAAACCUAUCGCUUGAGUCACUAUGUUCCAAGAUUUAAUUGCAAUUUUGUGAGAAUUAGCGCUGGUGUUAUGGACGGGAUGGUGUGCGUCUGAAUAUUCGAAUAUCUUUAAAACAAGACUACUAAACAAACUAAAUAAUGAGCACAUACAAUUCAUAGAUUUGUGGGGAAGAAGGGAAAGAUCUUACGAUUUGGGCACCUAGAUUAAUUUAACACACUUUUUGUCACUAGCUCUGCUUACACUAUUGAUUGAUUGCUUGGCCAUUCAUGGACGUGGUACACAACGAGGAGCUAUAGGAAUGAUAGAAACACCACAGGAAUCCCAAGGUGUAAUGCAAGGGAGCGCAGAAGCACCUGGAACGUCAAUUCUGCAAGAAACGUCCGCUAGAACGAAUUUUCAGGGAGAAAAUGUACGAAAGGAAGGAUUUCCCGCCCCACAAGACGUUUUGACUUUAAUUUCUACCAUGUACUUAAAAAGCAUAAAACCAUCAACACUGGAGGAGUUUAAUGCUUUUAUAGUAUAUAUGGAAAAGGUACGUCAAGUGAUUGUUGUUGAUAAAACGUCUGGAAGCUUGAAAAUUAUACUGGAGUGUACUUCGUUGGAGAUUCUUGAUGAACUGUGGCAAGACUAUUGUACAGGCAAUUUAGGUAAAGUUGUUCAGGCAUUCCUAGUGACAGAGGACAUUCUGAAGAAGCUUGGUCUAACUGAAGUGAAACUAACAACAACAAUCGAGGAAGAAGAAUACAGAACUUGCCGAGAGUAUUUCUGUAAACAAGAAGGUGGGUACGAUAAAAUUAUUUAA